AUGACUCUCACCGAGAUUCAGAAUGUCGACAAGGAGAACGGCAGAGUCGUGGUGAGUGCAUUCAUUAAUGGACCCGCGAGUUGGCGCGGCUGUGUGUGCACACACUGCGCGAAAUUUGACGACGGCUCUCUUGAUCCCAACACUUUCGCUUUUCAGCCGAAAAUCACUUCUCGCGAACUGGCUUUAGAGAAGAAGUUGGAGAAUCUAACGGUUGAGGAGAAGCCGAAUGAUGCCGUUGCGACGAAUGAAAAGGUGGAGUCCACGUCGCAGGUGAAUCCGCUCGACGCAGACGAGCCUCUGCUCCAGGACCUCGACAAUCGCUUCGUGAUCUUCCCGCUCAAGCAUCAUCAGAUUUGGGAGUUCUACAAGAAGGCGGUCGCUUCGUUCUGGACUGUCGAGGAGGUGGACCUCGGAAAAGACAUGAACGACUGGGAGAAGAUGAACGGAGACGAGCAGUACUUCAUCUCGAGAGUUCUUGCGUUCUUCGCUGCCUCUGACGGAAUCGUCAAUGAGAAUCUGGUCAGUUAUUUCAGAACAAAAAAGGUUGUACCUUCUUAAUUACCGUCGUAUUUCAGUGCGAGAGAUUCUCGAACGAGGUGAAGGUCUCAGAAGCCCGCUUCUUCUACGGAUUCCAAAUUGCCAUCGAGAACAUUCACUCCGAGAUGUACUCUAAGCUCAUCGAGACGUACAUUCGUGACGAAACGGAGCGUAGCACUCUUUUCAACGCCAUCUUCGAGUUCGAGUUCAUCAAGAAGAAGGCCGACUGGGCGAUCCGUUGGAUCUCGGACAAGAAGGCGUCUUUUGCCGAGCGUCUCAUCGCCUUCGCUGCCGUCGAAGGAAUCUUCUUCAGCGGAUCGUUCGCUUCCAUCUUUUGGCUCAAGAAGCGCGGACUCAUGCCGGGACUCACUCACUCGAACGAGCUCAUUUCCAGAGACGAAGGACUCCAUCGUGACUUCGCCUGCCUCCUCUACUCGAUGCUCCAGAAGAAGCUGACCCAGGAGCGAAUCUACGAGAUUAUCAGCGAUGCGGUCGCCAUCGAGCAGGAGUUUCUCACCGAGGCCCUUCCAGUCGACAUGAUCGGAAUGAACUGCCGUCUGAUGUCGCAGUACAUCGAGUUCGUCGCCGACCAUUUGCUCGUCGAGCUCGGCUGUGACAAGCUCUACAACAAGAAAAAUCCGUUCGACUUCAUGGAGAACAUCUCGAUCGACGGAAAGACCAACUUCUUCGAGAAACGCGUCUCGGAGUACCAACGCCCGGGAGUGAUGGUGAAGGAGGCGGAGAGACAGUUCGAUCUGGAGGCCGACUUCUAA